AUGAGUUGGGAAGACGGGAUCGUAUAUCAGAGUUCCUGGAGUGAAUUUUUGAUGAAGCUGAAUUUGGCAAUAGGAUGUCGCGGUCCUCAGAAUUUGUUUCUGAUAAGACCGUUAAUGACAGUUGACACUUUAGGAAUUCCAACAAUCAUUCUGUCGAGUGGCUUAGUGCCGCAGUCUUCAGCGAAAGAACUGUUCGAGACAGGCAGUUGUAAUUCUCGUAUGAAAGGGCCAGGACCUGAUGUUAUCAUGGACAGCCCAUCGUUGUCAUGA